UCCACUCUCUUCUUCUUCUUCUUCUUCUUCUUCUUCGUCUUCUUGAUUGAUAUAUAUUAUAAGUAUAUAUAAUAUAAUAUUAUGUAUUAUAUAUAUAUAUAUAGUAUAUGAGAGGAGGGGUGAGUUGAAAUGGAGGAAGAUCAGAAUCUGAGAAGUUGUUCUGACGGGGGAGAGGAGCUGGUGAAUGAGCUUCUUGACAAUGAAUCACCUUUCAUGGUGGUAGAGAAAGAUCACAGAGUUAUUAAUCAUGGCGAAUCUAAAUCUAAAUCUAAUUCUCAUCUCAUCUCAUCAACUUUAUAUAACUAUUCAGGUCCAACAAUUCAGCACGUUCAAGAUGCUUUGUUGCUUACAGCUUCUCGCAGCAGAUUUCCAGCAAUGGGUAGGGGAUUCAGGCAGAGUGAAAGUAAGUACACUUUAAAAAUCAAGAGCUGUGGAAAUGGGAUGGCUGAUGAUGGAUAUAAAUGGAGAAAAUAUGGACAGAAAUCUAUCAAGAACAGCCCAAAUCCUAGGAGCUAUUACAAGUGUACAAACCCAAGGUGCAGUGCAAAAAAACAAGUGGAGAAGUCGAAUGAAGAGCCAGACACUCUGAUUGUUACAUACGAAGGUCUCCAUUUACACUUUGUGUAUCCAUUUUCUUUGGUGCCCGAUAAAACUGUACCCACAAAGAAGUUCAAGAAGAUACACUUAAACUCGCAGAUCGAAGCAUACAAAGAUGAAAGCCAAAAAAAUCUUGGACUGCUCGAAGAUAUGGUGCCUUUAAUUGUAAGGCACCCUUCCAAUACCACUUCUUCUUCUUAUUCUUCUUCUUCUUCGUCCUCGUCCUCCUCGUCCAUUUCACCUUCUUCUCUUACUUGCUCUUUUAAUUCUGCUCCUUCACAUUUUUAUUUAUGCAUUAACACCACCAUUAGCUGAAUUUGUACGUGUUAUAUAUUUAAACCUUAUU